AAGCUGUAGUUGAAAAAAGUUACAGGAAACUAUUGCUCAGAUGCUGAUGCCGAAGCUGAAGAAUCUGAAGCAGCUUAUAUUUUCCGUGAAAAUGAAGAAAAGGAAGAAGGAACGUAACAACCACCUUCUUCAAGGCUCCAAUGACUUGUUCAUCGGACUUAUCGUCAUUCUAUGUCGCAAGCGCCAUCGUGUCUUCUCCUUCAUCUCCGCCGUCUCCGGUUGUCUACUCCUCUUACUCUUCGCCUUCUCCGUUCUCACUCCUCCUCCCACCGCCACCAAUAACUUCCUUUCGCACCGCUUCUCCGCGGUGAGGAAAACACAGGUUGAGGAGUCCAAUUUGGAUAAGGUGUUUAAAGUUCCGGCAAGUGGAGGAAAUUUAGGUCGUGAUUUAUGGAGUUCGAGUCAAUCAAAGUUCUACUAUGGAUGCAGUAACGCAUCUAAGAGUUUUCAAUCUGCUGAUAUGAAAACACAUCCCAACCGAUACUUGAUGAUCGCUACCAGUGGCGGGCUAAAUCAACAGAGAACUGGGAUAAUAGACUCUGUUGUUGUAGCAUAUAUUUUGAAUGCAACUCUGAUCAUACCCAAGCUGGAUCAACAUUCUUACUGGAAAGAUACCAGUGAUUUUGCUGAAAUAUUCAAUGUCGACUUGUUCAUUUCAUCUCUCGAGAGAGAUGUUGAGAUGAUCAAAGAAUUACCAAGAAAUGUAGGUAAAGCUUGGGUUCCUCGUAGUAUGCGUGUUCCGAGGAAGUGCAAUUUAAAAUGCUACCAGACUCUUGUUCUACCUGUUCUAAAUAACAGACAUGUAGUUGAGCUUACAAAGUUUGAUUAUAGGCUUUCAAAUAGGUUGGAAACUGAUUUACAAAAGCUCAGAUGCAGGGUGAACUACCAUGCUCUAAGAUUCACAGAUCCCAUUCUUGAAAUGGGUAAACUCUUGAUUGAAAGGAUGAGGAUGAAAGCCAAGCAUUUUAUUGCCUUGCACUUGAGGUUCGAACCUGAUAUGCUCGCAUUUUCUGGAUGUUAUUACGGGGGAGGAGAAAAAGAAAGGGGGGAACUCGGAGCAAUCCGGAAGAGAUGGGAAACUUUACAUGUGCGUAAUCCUGAAAAGGUGAGAAGGCAUGGAAGAUGCCCGCUGACUCCAGAGGAAAUUGGUCUAAUGCUAAGAGCAUUGGGUUUUGGCAGUGACGUUCACAUUUAUGUGGCAUCAGGUGAAGUAUAUGGAGGUGAAGAGACAUUAGCCCCUCUGAAAGCACUCUUCCCUAAUUUCCAUUCAAAAGAGACUAUAGCCACCAAGGAGGAGUUGGCACCAUUUUCGGCCUUUUCAGGUCGUCUGGCCGCACUCGAUUAUAUUGUCUGCGAUGAAAGUGAUGUUUUCGUCACAAACAAUAAUGGAAACAUGGCAAGAAUUUUAGCCGGUCGAAGGAGAUACUUUGGGCACAGAUCAACAAUUCGACCAAACGCCAAGAAACUGUAUAAACUGUUCUUGGACCGAAAUAAUAUGACAUGGGACGAGUUUGCCUCCAAGGUUCGAACUUAUCAGAUCGGCUUCAUGGGGGAACCAAAAGAGGUGAAACCUGGUAGGGGCGAGUUUCAUGAAAAUCCAGAUAGCUGCAUAUGUGAGGCCAAGAGUCUUAAAUCUAGUCAAGAGAGGAAGGAUGGUGUUGAAGUGAGUUAUGAACAAGAACAGUCUGCUGAAGAGGAUCACGAUUGGACCGACAUCAAUUAUUUAGAUACCGGUGGUUUAUUCAAGGAGUUGCCUAAUGCGUAUAGUAGUGUGUUAAUAAAACAUGGACAGCCUGAAGUGGAAGCCUUCUUUUCAGACCAAAAUGAAGGCUGACAGGUUGGGUUUUCUUUAAAAUUGUUUUCUACUAUUCUAAUCUAACAUGAAGGGAUCGUAAAGCAGUCUGUACAUAAAAGGAAAUGGCUUGGGAAUGACAAAUAUUGAAGUUGGGA